CAUAAGUUUCCUUUUGGCACACAUUCAUUCGAUGUGUGCGACCUGAAACUUUGCUAUUGGCUCUCUUAUGAUGUAAUGGGUAUCUCCCAUAAUCGUUUAAUCUAUAUGAAUUAGGAUGCUUCGCAUCCACUUUCUACCAAAAAAAAAAGAAGAAAUACAUCUAUCUAAACGAACUUUGUUUGUUGUAGAGCGAUGAUGGAGAGGACAUUCGGAUACUUGCAGAGGACGGCGGCGUUGAUAGAGAGUGUUAUAAACGACGCUCUGGGUCUCCCUCCAGGCCGCCUUCAUCAAUAUAACAGCAACAGGCAGAGCGAUAGGAUGAUAGCAUACCGCUACUUCAAGGCCAAUCAUGUCGAGACCAAGAAAAUGAUCGGAUCAUGCCCACACAAGGACCCCAACCUUUUCACACUGUUGUUGCAGGAUGAUGUCGGAGGGCUUGAGUUCCUGCUCAACGACCACUGGAUUCCUGUUUCUCCGGCCCCCAUUCCCUCGUCAUCAAUGUCGGCGAUGUCCUCCAGGUGCUAAGCAACAAUGAAUUCAAGAGCGUGGCGCACAGGGUGGUAUCUCCGAGCUUGAAGGAUCGCUAUUCGUUGGCGUUCGGGUGUCAGAUCGGCGAAAACAAAUGGGUAGAGCCGUUUGCGGAGUUAACAAGCCAGAUCAAGGCGGCGCCCAAGUUCAAGGGAUUCUAUCACCGUGAAUUACUGCAACUGUUGGUGGCCAGUUAUAAACCAACUCUGGAACCAAAUGACACAUUCACCCUUAUGGACGUCGUUGUAAACAACUACGCUCUCCCACCAUGAACUACGUACCCCAAAUUGAGCUCUGGGCAAGCCUUUGUUGGUUGUUGGUCUUAAUGUUCCAACUUAAAAGUAAUUAUGGAUCACUAGAGUUAAUCUAGUAAAGUUAUUGUGCAUCAUAUAUAUGCACUUUGGGUUGUUGUAUUUGUAUACCUUAUAUGUAUCCUCUAUGACUCUGGAUCCUUGAAAUACAUGGUUUAGUAUUGAUAAGUAAUACGUCUAUUUGCUAUUUAUUUUUAUCAAACAUAUGUCCCUUUAUUAUUAUUUACCACUCAAUCAUACUCAUGAAAGUAGUUAUCAAACAUGUCAUUUUGUUAAAAAUUUAAUAAAAAAAUCAUCAACAAAGGCCGAACCGUGGUUCGUAUGACUUGACAUCGGUAAAAUGGGAGAGGGAAUGUCACUCGAUUCUCCAUUUAUUUAUCUAAGUCUCGUUAAAAUAAAAUUAUUAGAGGAAC